CGUGACUGGACUGUUGGGAUUCAACGCUCGGAGAACAGAGCACAAAUUUCCUACACGAUUGAAGACAAAGCAUAAUAAUCUCGUUCUCAUUUUCAUUCUUGUUCUCAUUCAAUUUGCAAGUUUCGCAGAGUUUGAUUCUCAGGCAGUGAAAAUGCAAGCAGCAGUGAUCAGUCAACACCCAUAUUUUCCCGAGGACGCGUCCAUCCCGGACUUUGUAUCAAAUGACAAAUCCUUGACAGAUAUUGUACUCCCCUUCGCGGGCACAAUCACCUGUAUUCUGGCAGCAUCGGCCAUACUUUCGAAACGUAUCAAUCCGAGUCUGAGUCUGACUGACUUGGGUCAAGUCUGCUGGUUUGUUCUCAGUGGCUAUUUGCACUUGUUCUUUGAAGGUUACCUGAUUCUCAAUUACGAACGCGUUGCAAAUUCCAAUGAGUUGUUUGCUCAGCUUUGGAAAGAGUACUCACUGAGUGACUCGAGAUACCUCACAGCUAAUACGUUUGUGAUUAGUAUUGAAACUAUCACAGUGCUGUUCUGGGGACCAUGCUGUAUCGCCACUGCGUUCUGCAUUGCCACGAGGCAUAACCUGCGGUACCCGCUCUCAAUCAUAGUGUGUAUGGCUCACCUAUAUGGAGUGGUACUCUACUACGCAACAAGCUUUGCAGAUAUGGAGAUCAAGGGGGUCGCGCACAGCAGGCCCAAAUUUCUGUACUUUUGGGUCUACUUUGUUGGCAUGAAUUUGCCCUGGGCAAUCGUUCCGUCGGCUAUUCUUUGGGCAUCUAUCAAGAAGAUAUGUUGGGCUCUUGAUCUGGCGGAUCGAGCGGACAGUCACCUGAAGUCAUCUGAUCUCCAGUACAGCACCAACGCCGCCAAGAAGAUUCAAUAAGUGCUCAAAGCUUGACUUCAUGGCUGGUUUCAAGAUUGCGGAGGAACUGGACAAUCCUGUCACACAUCCAUUCUUGCGCGCCUGGGUCUCUGACGGUAUGAGAGGCGCCUGGUAUCAGACCAGAUAGCUCACUGAUUACUCCGGCCGGAGCUAGCUUCUUCCACCGGCCGAGGAGAGCCUCUACAUCAAUAGACUUGGGCACAUGCUCGUCUUCACCGGAUGGCAGUACCAGUGCGGGCUUCCGGAAGUUGGCCCAGAAGGAGGCAAUCUUGUCGUCUGUAAGAUCCGAUGAAAAGAAGUCGUCUUCGCCA